CAAACAAGCCAAGAACACAUAUAUAAUAAACGAAAAUGAUAAAAAUGGUUGUCAAGUUUGUCGUAGUGGCUAUGGUGUUUGCACAAAUCUUUUCUCCAAUCGCUGAAGCUGCUCAAGGAAGAGCUGUCUAUUACAACCCUCCCUACACUAGGUCGGCUUGUUAUGGAACACAACGUGAGACGAUGGUGGUUGGAGUCAGAGGCUAUAUGUACCAAGGAGGUCAAGCUUGUGGUCGGAGGUACAGGGUUCGAUGCCUUGGUGCUACAUACAACUUCCCUGGAGCAUGCACGGGUCGUACCGUAGACGUUAGGGUAGUUGAUUUGUGCCGGGAGCCUUGCAACGGUGACCUUAACCUCUCUCGUGACGCUUUUCGUGUUAUCGCUAAUACUAAUGCCGGGAACAUCCGCGUCGAGUACACACCGAUAUGAAGUUGAUAUUACACUAUAAGCAACAAAGAAAAGGUGAGAGGUGAUGAUUCGAUGGUAUGGUACUAGCUAUUCCAAUAAAUUGAAUGUGGAACCUUAACUGAAUUAUAUGUAUGGAUUGUCCUUUGUGAUGAGAACCUAUUAGUCAAAUUAAUAAAGAAUGAAUCUCAAACUUA